UUUCAGCCGUCAUGGAUGAAGAGUAAAGAAUACUGGGAUAAGGCGUUUGAAGAUCGAUAUGAACGACUGAAGAUGGAUCCAGAACGACCGCAUUUGAAAGUUAUCAUCGUACCCCACUCCCACAACGAUCCAGGCUGGCUGAAAACGUUCGAGCACUAUUUCCAGUACUCUUCGAGACAGAUCAUGAACAACAUGGUUGCGAAGUUGCAGCAAUACAAAAAUCUCACCUUCAUUUGGUCUGAAAUCUCUUUCCUGAACGCGUGGUGGGAAGAGGCUCACCCCAGCAAACAGAGGGCUCUGAGGGAGUUGGUGCAAUCCGGGAGGUUGGAGAUUACCACUGGAGGGUGGGUGAUGACUGACGAGGCGAAUGCGCAUCUGUAUGCUAUGGUUGACCAAUUGAUCGAAGGACAUCAAUGGACUUGGACUAAUCUAGGAAUAAAACCAAUAUCCGGCUGGUCAGUAGACCCGUUCGGCCACGGAAGCACAGUACCAUAUCUUCUAGGCGCAUCAGGCCUUAAAGGAACUGUGAUACAAAGGAUCCACUACGCCUGGAAACAAUGGCUGGCUCUCAAACAGUACGGAGAUUUCCGAUGGGUACCCAGUUGGAGCCCUUCAGAUCCCUACGGGUCAAUAAUCACUCACAACCAACCCUUUGAUAUUUACUCCAUUAAACAUAGUUGUGGACCUCAUCCGUAUAUCUGCUUGAAUUUUGAUUUCCGUAAAGUUCAAGGCGAAUACACUGAGUAUUCUCUGAAAUCCCAAUCGAUUACUGAUAAAAACAUAAAGGAGAAAGCAGAGCUUUUGCUGGAACAGUACGCAAGAACAGGUUCGCUCUUACCUCAUAAUGUAGUUCUGAUGCCACUAGGAGAUGAUUUUCGAUACAACGUCAAAGAAGAAUGGGAUCAACAGUACACUAAUUAUAUCAAACUCAUAGAUUACAUCAAUGCCCAUAAAGAGCACUACAAGGCAGAAAUAACUUUUGGAACGCCUGCUAUGUAUUUUCAAGAAAUUUCUAAACGAUACACCCAAUAUCCUACGCUGAAAGGUGAUUUCUUUGUAUAUUCCGACAUAUUUUCCGAAGGACGGCCGGCAUAUUGGUCUGGAUACUUCACCACCAGGCCCUUUAUGAAGUUAUUGGACCGAGAGCUAGAGAGUAGUCUUCGUUCUGCAGAGAUAUUGUAUACAGUUGCUUUGAAUAAUGCUAAACGAAAUAAACUCUCAUCCUAUUCGAAAAUAUUGGAAAGGGAUUUUGAGAAACUCAUAAGGGCUAGAAGGAAUUUAGGUUUAUUCCAACAUCACGAUGCCAUAACUGGAACUAGUAAAUCCUUUGUGAUGCGAGACUAUGGCCUGAAAUUAUUUGAAGGUCUUCGAGACACUACUAGCAUUCAACAAAACUCCCUCCAGAGUCUAAUUUUUCCAAAUGUCCCUAUCAAAUCGGGAGAGAACCUAGUUCUCAGCGAUAUGGAGAGGGAAUCAUUUGAAAAACUUCCGAGAAAAACACCAAUUCAAGUUGGGCCUGUUGGUACCAACCAAACUAGGAAAGUAUUGCUCUAUAAUUCUUUGUCACAUCCUCAAGAACAUGUGAUACAGUUAAGGGUCAAUACAAGUAAUGUAAAAGUAACAGAUAGUGAAGGAAACGAUAUCAAAUACCAGAUAAACCCAGUAUGGGAUAUGUCUGAUAAUUCGAAGCUAUGGGUAGCCGCUGACGAAUUUGAGAUAGUGUUUAUUAUGAAAUUGCCACAGCUUUCCGUUACAACUGUCAAUUUGAUUUACACUGUGACCAAAGAGGAUACACUCGCCACUGUUUACUGUAAUAAAUGCGAAAAACAAACUACCAUAGUAACGAAAGAAAACGACAACUCCGACAUUAUUAAAUCAAAAUUCGUUAUCAAAGACAUACCUCCUGGCGAUAUACAAUUGGAAAACAGUAAACUCAAACUGCUCUUCAACGGCAACACCGGUUUCAUGAAGUCGGUGACUAGGAAGCAUAACCCUAAAAUCUUGAGAUGCGGAAUACAGUUUGCUGCCUACAAAAGUGCCCAGUUCCACUCUGGGGCGUAUUUGUUCAUGCCAGAUCCUAACGAGAGAGAAUACGAAAAAGACGUCUUGGAGCAAUACAAAGAUCACAAGACUAUAAUGAUCACCGCUGGGCCAAUUUUGACCGAAAUAACGGUAAUUUACGAACCGUUCUUGAUGCAUACUGUCACGGUGUACCUGGCUGAUAAUUCGAGUUUAGCUGACGGUAUUUCCAUUGAGAAUGUUGUGGAUUUCGAAAACUCUCCCAAAAACAGGGAGACAGAACUUUUCAUGAGGAUAGUUUCUGAAGUGCAGAACGAAGAGCCUCCAGAGUUCUACUCGGACUUGAACGGCUUCAAUAUGCAAAAACGCGUCAAAGUGGAGCGUAUAGGUUUGGAAGGCAACUAUUUCCCCAUAACCACAAUGGCCUAUAUCGAAGACAAUAAUGUAAGACUAAGUUUACUAACAAAUCACGCUCAGGGGGCGUCCAGUUGGCAGCCGGGAUUCCUGGAGGUAAUGCUGGACAGAAGAACUCUUUACGACGACUCCAGAGGCAUGGGAGAAGGGCUCGUAGAUAAUAAAAGGACCCUGAGUAAAUAUUGGCUGCUGAUUGAAGAUAUUUCCAAAGUGAUGACAGAGAGCGAAACUCAGGAGAAGCGUUUCGCCUCGGACUUGUUCGAUAAAGGAGACGUAGUUAGAACCUUUAAUGUCCCAACAGAACCGCUUCAGUUGAAAAAGGGCGAAGUCUUCUCUCGUCCUUCCCUGUACGCCAAUCACAUGUCAAACUUGUUGAACUAUCCGGCGAGUAUAUUCAUCGUAGAUCCCGAGCACCAGACGAACGUGAACCAUUCCUUCAAACUUUUAAACAAACCCAUGCCGUGUGACGUUCACUUAUUGACUCUUCGUACACAGCCUGAUGCGGUUUACCCCCAAUUUCCCUCCUCUAGUGCUUUAAUGGUGAUACAUAGGCAGGGUUAUGACUGUGCUAUUAGUAGUAAUUUUUCUUGUGAUAUACAUAAGUUUGAUAAAGACUUUGAGUUCGAAUUCGUAUCCGUUAAGGACAUCGAACUGAAAUCUUUGACUGGGUUAGACACUUUUUAUAGCCUGCAGCGGUUGAGCGAAGUUUACAUAGAACCAAUGUCUCUGAAAACUUUAAAUGUUACUUUUGGUUAAUGUUUGUUUGAUGUAGUCCAGCAAGAGAAUCCAGAACCAAACCUCUAGAAAAUGUUUCUCUUAUUGCAAAUGUUUGUUCAGCGUUUGUGCCCUAUAUUUUUCAUACCAAAUAUACAGAGUGUUCAGGAAGUCGAGCUUAACCAAUCAACUGGUGAUGACUGACAUCAAUAUCAAAAUAUGCUUCAUUAACAGAGUCAUUUUCCAGUUAUUUGUAUUUCAAAUUUUGUACAAAAAUCAAAUACGCUUGACUUAUUUUGUGCUGUUUUUAUAUUUGAAAAUACUUUUACGUUCUGGUUUCUCCAAUAGUUUGGCUAACUUUCUUGGUAAUAGAAGGAAAUUUGAAUACUACGUUUUGGCUGAGCUCAGCGUUUACCAUUUUCUUUCUUGGAUGUCAAUUUUUUUUCCAACCACCUACAGUCUUUGAUCUUCUAGACCUCUUCUUUACUCGCUUCAAUAUUCUGCAUUCUCUUGUUUAUGUUGUUCUUAAUGGAUCUUCCCUUCUGGAACUAUUCUUUCUUGUACUGUCUCUUUUUUUUACGGUCUUUUAUGUUCUUUUAUGUUCUUGUCUGCUUGCUCGCCCUGCGUCAGAAUAUUUCGUCGUAAUGACUGUUUUUCAUAUUUAUUUUAAACUCAUUUAAUGGCCUUAGAAAACACACAUUACUAUAUAGAAUGAGGCGGUCAAUAGUACAAACUUAGAGGGUUGCCAUUUUUACAAACGAAUGUCACUUGUCAAAUGAAUGCCAAGUUAUACACAUAAAUAAUAGCAAACAACAGCACACACAACAAGCAAGAAGCAGACAAUGAUAUGGAGUUGUCUAAAGCAGAUGUUAGAAUGGAGGCUCUUUUAUCUCCUUUUAUUAUCAACACAGACUAUGAGCAGACCAUUUUUGUACAACUUUUUAGGUAUAUGGUAGAGCGUGAUGUCCUCAUUUGCCAGUUGACAGGUUAUACAAGACUUUCUAGACAAAAUAAAUGUUGAAAUAGUUUGAAAUUCA